GGACUUGAAAAGACAAAAAAAAUUUGUUUUAUUUUUGUUUUUCUCAAAAGCAGAAAAUCGAACAAAUUCCAAAGAUAAUUAUAAAAAAAUCUGUUCUGAAGACAAAAAAACUAUGGAUUUAACCGAAAAUGGAAAAGAUGAUGAAAAAUUUGCUAUUUUCAAACACGACGGACUCCUCAGCGAAAGUUUGCCAUUGAUGAGGGAAAUAAGACGACAAGGAAAACUAUGCGAUGUUACCCUCAAGGUUGAAGAUCAAUCAUUUUCUGCUCAUAGAAUUGUUCUAGCUGGAGCAAUUCCAUACUUUUAUGCAAUGUUCACUAACAAUAUGGCUGAGAGUAGGAUCAAGGAAAUCACUAUGAAAGAAAUUGAACCAUGUGCACUCGAGAGUCUUAUCAAUUUUGCCUAUAGCGGUACUGUUCGUAUCGAUAAUCAGAAUGUGCAAAGUUUGAUGGUGGGCGCUUCAUUUUUGCAAUUGAACAAAGUCAGAGAUGCGUGUGCAGAUUUCCUCAUUUCCAGAUUUAACCCUCAUAAUGUCUUGGGCAUUCGGCAAUUUGCCGAUUCGUUGGCAUGUACACAGCUAGUUCAAUCGGCUGACAAAUACAUAAACCAUAAUUUUUCAAAAGUCUCGGAUUCGGAAGAAUUUCUUACCCUUAACUAUGACGAUUUGAUUGAUCUCAUUCGACGUGAUGAGUUAAAUGUUCCAACUGAGGAGAACAUUUUUGAAGCUUGUAUGCGUUGGGUCAAGUACAGCGAAGACAAAAGAUCUAUAGUCUUUCCACAAGUUCUUUCGCGGGUGCGGUUGCCAUUGUUAUCGCCUCAAUUUCUUGCCGAUCGUGUUGCACGUGAAGAAUUGAUUCGAACAUCACACCAGUGCAGAGAUCUGCUGGAUGAAGCAAAAGAUUUUCAUCUUAUGCCAGAACGUAGAGGUUUGCUUCAGAGUUUCAGAACUCGACUUCGAUGUUCAGAUUUUCUUAUUGGUCAGAUUUAUGCUGUUGGUGGAUUGACUAAUAAUGGAGAAUCUGUUAGUACGGUAGAAAUAUAUGAUCCAGUAACAAAAAAAUGGAAAAUGGGCGAACAAAUGUCCAUGAUGCGUUCAAGGGUAGGUGUGGCAGUCAUUUGUGGUAAAUUAUACGCUUUUGGAGGAUUCAAUGGCACUGAACGACUUUCAACUGUUGAAGUGUAUGACCCUAAACAGAAUAAAUGGUCCCAGGGAAGGGCAAUGCUUUGCAAACGAAGCGCUGUUGGUGUAGCUGCCUUAGAUGAUAGUGUUUAUGUGUGUGGUGGCUAUGAUGGCGUAACAUCCUUAAACACUGUAGAAUGUUAUAGCCCAAAAACAGAUAUUUGGAAAACAGUCGCUCCAAUGAUGAAAUAUCGUUCAGCAGGAGGUGUAGCUUCUCUUGGCGGUUUUAUUUAUGCUCUCGGUGGCCAUGAUGGCUUAUCAAUAUUUGAUUCAGUGGAGUGUUACGAUCCAGUCAAAGAUGUUUGGGUAAAAAUGAAGUCUAUGUUAAGCAGACGAUGUCGUCUAGGAGUGGCUACGCUCAAUGGAAAACUUUACGCUUGUGGCGGAUACGACGGAAAUUCAUUUCUGCGAUCGGUCGAGGUCUAUGAUCCGAACACAGAUACAUGGAAACUAGUGACUUCUAUGCACUGCAAGAGAAGUCGUGUUGCUCUCGUUGCUAAUAUGGGCAAGCUUUGGGCAAUAGGAGGGUAUGAUGGAGAAACAAAUCUCUCCACAGUUGAGGUAUACGAUCCAGAAACAGAUGAAUGGGUGUUUGUGCCCCCUAUGCGAGCCCAUAGUGGUGGUGUUGGAGUCGGAGUGAUAAGAAAUAAUUGAAAUUAUAUUUAGAAAUUACUAUAGUCUAUAGUACAUUUAUAUUAUAAGUAACCAUUCCAAAAUUUAAGUAUUUAAUGAGAAAACGCAAAUAUUAUGUAGUAAUUACGAACAAAAUUAUUUAGUGGGCAUUUAAAAAUAAAAUUUAUUGUUAUUUAGAUGAUAUUGCAAAUUAUAAGUUUAAAAAAUAUAAAUAAAUACAUAUAUCAAAACAUUAAA